GGCCAAAAUGUCCUCACUCUGUAGGUAAAAAUUGUGUUCCAGUCCUCACUAUGUAGCAAGUACACACACACACACACACACACACACACACAAGAGGCAGUGCACCAACAGCUCCUGACAGAUGAGAAGCACACAGCUGGUGGAGGAGGAAUGAAGGCGACCUGAGAUGUGAUCACCGUCUCUGUUCAUCAUGAUUCCGCUCUUCAACAACAAGUCUGACACGGCUAAAGGAGAGGUACUUCUUGAGUUCCUGAACCAGUCAACAAUAUUCUGCAGCCAGUUUGAGAACGGCAAGUGGUAUUGCUACGUCCUGCUGGUUCUCUUCACCUUUGCCCUUCCUGUGGGGAUCUUGGGAAACAUAGCAGCUCUUAUCAACUACAUUUGCUUCAGGAAAACCUCGAGCACCAGCAAUGUUUUCCUGUUGAACCUGGCUCUGUGUGACUCGGCCUGGAUCCUCACCCUCCCUAUCACCCUCUACUUUACCUUCCAGAGACCGUACCUCAAAGACAUACAGAUCUUCUGCCAGUUCAAGAAGAUCUCCUUCAACAUCAACAUAUACGGCAGUAUCCUCUUCCUCACUCUUAUCAGUUUCGAUCGCUAUGUUGGGACAGUGCACCCCAUCAGCUCUCUCCGCUGGUGGGACGUGGGUAAAGCCAAGCUAUGCUCAGUCUGCACAUGGUUCAUGUUGGUCCUGAGUUCCAUUCCUGACUUAUUUGUAACUUUUGCUAUUCAGCGACCAAAAAACAUCACUGUGUGCAUGGACCACAUCCAGGGCCCCUUUGUCUACAUCAAGACAAUCACCAUUAUCAGAACAAUAGUAGGCUUCCUGCUACCAUUCAGCAGCAUGUUGGCUUUUUACAUCAUGACAGUUCGUGUUUUGAGGCGUCUCCCGGGGGGUAGAAGGCACAGAGGAGCCCAGCGGGCGGGAGGGAAGCCCAUGCGGCUCAUCACUGCCGCCAUACUCGUCUUUAUGGUUUCUUUUGUGCCGUACCAUAUCAUGGUCAUCACCCUGGUAUUCAUGAGGAUCUAUAACCAGGUCACACCAUCUAACACCAACGUCCUCUACGCCUCGUAUGAGUUCUUUGAGGUAAUGUGCAGUGUAAGUAGCUGCCUGGACCCAGUGCUAUAUAUUGUGGCUAGUGAGCAGUUCCAGAGGAAGCUGCUGGCCUUGAAAAGAGAACGAUAUAGGAGGCUGUGCUGCAGAGCCAGCAGGAGGGUUGGGGUAAUUGGGUGAAUCCAUUGCAUUGCUUUAUUCACUAGUUACCUUCAAUUGCCUUGGACAGUGGCAUAUGUUAAUGGUACAAUUAUCUUGGCCUAAAGUAUGCUGGUAAAUUGCACUAUUAUGGAUAUUAUGGAACUGGAAUUAAAAAAAGAAACUACUGUGGCUAAUAAAUUGCUAUCAGUGUAAAAUCAAGGUUAAACAUGGCAUGUUUUGCAUUACAAAAACAAAAUCUUAAAAUAUAUUAGACUUGUUGACUUGCUGUCAUAAAACUUUUUGUUGCCAAGCAGCAAUAUAAAUCCGCAGUGAUCUCAUCCUCAUUUGUGCUUUAAAGCUGUACCUAGUAAAAUCAGUACAUAGUCCACUUCUGAUUAAUAGAUAUUUUUAAAAGACAUUAUCAUUAUUUUUCUGCUGAUUAUUUUGUUGACAAUGGUUUUGUCUAUGUCAGAAAAGGGUAAAAAUAAAUAAAUAAAGCCCAUUAUAAUUUC